ACUAAACUCAUUGAUUGCCAUAUCGUCGCGAUACUUCGUCUUCGUCUCCUUGCGCCGCCGCCAUAUUUCGCAACUCCACCUGGUCUAACAUCACGUCAACCCCCUCUUUCCUUGCCUUGCCUUCCCUUCGUUGCUCGUUGGCUCAUCUUCUGACUCCCUUGCAACAUGCGACGGUAGUUGAGGAGGCAGUUAAGUUCCUUUCUCAAAGAUGCGAAUCCCAGCAAUCAUGUCCUCCCCGAGGCUCUGGGGAUUUCUCCUCUCGGCGCAGCCCCUCGGUCGACGACAGCUCUCAACUGUACCGCGGAAGACAGUCGCGCAGUUUUUGGACUGGAAACCCGAGACGGAAGUCAAGGAUGUCGUCCUCAACGGAUACGUCAGAUCUGUCAGAAACAUGAAGACAGAGCGCUUCGUCAACGUGGGCGAUGGCUCCUCCCGGACGCCCAUCCAGGCGCUGGUUCCGCGGAGCCAUGACGAAAGCGCAAACUUGCGAGUCGGCGCCGCAGUCCGCCUACGCGGGUCGUGGGUUCCCUCCAAGACGGAAGGCCAGAGUCACGAGUUGAAAGUCCAUCAAGUCGAGAUUCUCGGCCCCUCUGACGCCAAGACGUUUCCCAUCCAGAAGAAGUACCAGACGCCCGACUACCUCCGUACCAUGCCGCACCUUCGACCCCGGAUACCCUUGAACGCCGCCAUCUUGCGUCUGAGAUCGGAGGCCGUCGCCGCCCUGACUCAGUUCUUCGCCUCUCGGUCCUUUGUACAAACCCAUCCGCCUAUAAUUACAUCCUCAGACUGCGAAGGAGCAGGAGAGGUGUUCAAUGUUACCACGGGCUGCGCCGAGACAUCAGCAACCCCAGCGAGUAGCGGCAAUGACAAGGCGCCAGGCAAUCUGUUCUUCCGUUCCCCCAAGUAUCUCACUGUCUCGUCGCAACUUCAUCUCGAGGCUUUGGCACAGUCGCUGGGUGACGUGUGGACCCUGUCCCCGACUUUCCGGGCGGAACGGAGCGACACCUCGAGACAUAUGAGCGAGUUUUACAUGUUGGAAGCCGAAAUGAGCUUUGUUGACAGCAUGGACCAUAUCAUGGACCUUGUCGAGGACAUGCUCCGCAGCUUGGCCACGGGUCUAUACAAGACUCGGGCUGCACAGGAACUACGCCAACGGCGAGAGUCUGGCCAAACCCGUACAGCCGAAGACGACCUCGUGCCGAUGGAGGAAUUGGAGCGUCGAUGGUUGGGGUUGAUGCAGAACCCAACCUCCAAGUGGCCGCGCAUCACCUACGCCGACGCCAUCAAGAUGCUUCAGGCAGAGCAAGGCCGGUUCGAGCACAAGCCUACAUGGGAAGGUGGUUUACAUUCAGAGCACGAAAAGUUCCUCGCCAAAACCCUUGGUGCCACCAACGACCCCGGCGCUUACUCUCCCGUCUUUGUCACUCACUACCCGAGGGAGAUCAAAGCAUUCUACAUGCGAAGAUCGGACCCUUCAGCUAGCAUCUCUGAGAAGUCUGGUGAUACGGUCGACUGUUUCGAUCUGCUUGUACCUGACUUAUGCGAGAUUGCCGGUGGCUCCAUGCGUGAACAUCGUUUGGAAUCCCUCUUGGAAACCAUGCAAGCCCGCGGAAUGGGCUCUCCAUCCGUAGAUGGACGUGGAAGCCAUUCUGGUGGUGAUCUGGACUGGUAUGUCGACCUCCGCCGUUGGGGCUCCAACCCUCAUGGUGGAUUCGGCCUGGGCUUCGACAGACUGCUCAGCUACCUCGUGGGCGUUCCGAAUGUGAGAGACGUCGUGGCCUUUCCACGCUGGUUUGGUCGAUGCGACUGCUAAGUUCUACCGGAUGAGAGGAGGUCCUCGGAUAACUCGCUCACCGCUUGUGCCGUCUACCGACACUGGCCCUCGUUAAGCUUUGCCUACCUGGGAUUCUGGAAAUCGAGCCGGAUGGAACACUCGCAGUCUACGUUACACGGCGAUCGGCUCACUCGUCCUACCCAAGUGAUCAAGUCGAACAAACAAUC